AUGGCCCAAGGAGAAACCCAGCCCAGGGCAGGCUGCAUGGAGGCUGUCACAGGGGCAGAGAGAUUUUACAGAGACUCCACAGAGAGAUUCCAGUAUUUGGAGUUAAGAUUUAACAAGAUUGUCCGCCUUGCUGCAACGUUGAUCUACAUCCUGCAGACGAUCCUCUACACAGGAAUAGUGGUCUAUGCUCCAUCACUGGCACUCAACCAAGUCACUGGAUUUGAUCUCUGGGGCUCUGUAGCUGCAACAGGAAUUGUCUGCACUUUCUAUUGCACUCUGGGAGGAUUAAAAGCUGUUGUCUGGACAGAUGCAUUUCAAAUGAUUGUCAUGGUGGCUGGCUUUCUGACGGUUUUGAUUCGAGGAACUAGUCUGAAUGGUGGACCAACCAAAGUCUGGGAAGAUGCCCACGAAGGAUCACGACUAAACAUAUUUGACUUCGAUGCUGAUCCCUUGAGACGACAUACCAUCUGGACAAUAGUUAUUGGGGGAACAUUUACAUGGCUAGGGAUCUAUGGAGUCAAUCAGUCCACGAUACAGAGAUGCAUUUCUUGCAAAUCGGAAAAGCACGCUAAACUGGCACUCUACCUGAAUUUAUUGGGACUUUGGACAGUCCUAGCGUGUGCAGUAUUUUGUGGAUUGGUGAUGUAUUCUCAUUACAAGAGUUGUGACCCUUGGACUGCUGAUUUCAUUUCAGCUCCUGAUCAGCUCAUGCCCUACUUUGUCAUGGACAUUUUUUCUUCGAUGCCAGGAGUCCCGGGACUGUUUGUUGCCUGUGCAUUCAGUGGAACACUAAGCACUGUAGCAGCCAGCAUCAAUGCUUUAGCAACUGUUACCUUUGAAGACUUGGUCAAGAAAGGUUUCCCAAACCUCUCCGAGAAGAUGAGCACGUGGAUCAGCAAAGGCUUAUGUGUUUUAUACGGCGUCCUGUGCACUUCCAUGGCUGCAGCAGCGUCGCUGAUGGGAGGAGUCGUGCAGGCUUCCCUCUCCAUCCACGGGAUGUGUGGGGGGCCCAUGCUGGGAUUAUUUACACUGGGAAUUGUGUUUCCUUGUGCUAACUGGAAGGGUGCUCUUGGAGGCCUCUUAGCUGGGAUCACCUUGGCUUUUUGGGCUGGUACUGGUUCUUUCAUUUACCCUGCACCACCAACGAAGUCCAUCCCUCUGCAACUGUCGACCCUCAACUGCACGCUGGCGAACGGCACCGCGUCGCUGACGACAGCGGCUCCCACGGCAGCUCCAGAGAGGCCUUUGCUGGCAGACACCUGGUACUCCCUGUCCUACCUGUACUUCAGUGCCAUUGGCUGCCUGGGAUGUGCCAUCAUAGGGUUGUUGAUAAGCUACAUAACAGGACCUACUAAAGGAGAAGAUAUCCCACCAGUGUUAAUUAAGCCAGUCUGCAACCUGCUUUUCUUUUGGUCCGAAAGACUCAAAACUCUCCUCUGGUGUGGCGUGCGGCACGACAGCCUGGAGAUUGACUUUGAGAAAAAACUGCCUAAAGUUACUGCAAAUAAAGCCUUCAAGAAUAGUAUCAACAAAGAAACCCAUUGCCAGAUCUCUGGUUACAAUCCCGAGGAAAAAUCCUAUACAAAUAUGAGCAGAGAAUCUCGCCUCUAGAAGCCGAGGGACAGGGGACAUUUAACCCAACUUUAGUUCUCCAGCUUCAGAAAUUAUGAACUUUUUUUAUUGCAUUUACUGGCUUGUAGGUGACCAAGAGGGAACAAUUGCUCUCUAUAACAAUAAAGGCCAGAUUUUUAUUUAUUAAUUUCUUGGCAGACCUGGGAAAUGAUCGGACAAUGGGAUUUUGGAAGCGCUGCUGUUUUGGAAGAAAUGUUUAAUAAAUCUGGUUGUGGGAGCUCCCUCCUUGAA